AUGGCAUGGUCCUACGCUCACUGGCAUGUUGCAGCCCUGCUCCUAGGCGCCAUCCAGACUCAAGCUGCUUCGGCAGCCUGUGACCGUGCCACCCUUCAGAAUGUGACCAACAGCUACAUAGCUGCACAGACAUCUGGGUCUCUGACCCCAAUAUCUAGCUUCAUCAAUGGUACCGAUUACAGAGAAAAUUUCAAAGCCGCCGCCAUCUCAGGCGGAAUCCUGAGCCAGGCUCUGAAGAUUGACCACAACCGCACCACGCUCGACACGACUCAAUGCGCUUCGUAUUCCGAACUCAUCGUCGCCAACUCAGCACAUCCAUACGUGAUAGGAACCCAGCUAUACCUGUCCAACACUUCCACGACUCCGGGGGUUCCUCUGAUAUCUAAGAUCGACACACUCGUGACAGAUCAAGGUGACUGGCUUUUUAACGCCACAGGCACCCUCUACUGGGCGUCCCGUGAGAACUGGGGCCCUAUUGAUACUGCCAGCCGGGAUUCGCGCAAGACAAUCCAGGCCGCAGCAGACGCCUAUCUUGACUAUUUCAGGGACAAGAGCGUGGUCGUGCCAUGGGGCACGCCCUGUGCUAGAUUGGAGGGGGGCUCAUACACAGGAAAGGGAGCAGCCACGGACUCUUGCAAUGUCGGCGUGCCGAACAAUAUCAACUUGACUGACAGGAGGUACAUAAUCGACGAGGAAAUAGGGGAGGUGGAUGUCUUCUUGAGCUUCGUGGGUAACCCGGACAGUCAUGAGUUCCGGGUGGAGGGGGGAAAAUUGAGAUUCGUACACACUUUGACGGUCAUGCAAUAA